AUGCUGCUGAUCCUGAAUCUGAAGUACUUCUUGCCAGCGAUGAAGAGCCUCGUCAUGGGCCACUUGGCUUUCGAGCCGAGUUCCAACAUGGAGGACGACUGCGGCUCAGAUUCGGUGCUGCAGGCCUCUGAUGCCGAGAGCAACAGAAAUGAGGAGCCCACGGAUCGGCCCUUUUUGAAGCUGAACCAUUUCGAGACCAAGUUCAUGUGCGAACUCGAGCCGUGGAAAGCCAAGUGGGCAGAAAAGGCCUUCAAGCCAAAUUUCUUCUUCAAAGACAUGCGGGAUUUGCACCGGGGCAUCGCUGAAGACCGCAUCACGGGAGAAUUCCAAAUUGUACCGAAGGUGACCCUGCUGACCAUCGGCUUCCCUUGCACCUCGAUAAGCUCGCAGAACUCAGAGGUGAAGAGCUUCCUGGACGAAAGCUCGCCCACUGGAAUGGGGUUCCGGGACGCAGUCAUGAAGAACAAGCAGAUCUUGGAGGGCAAAGGUAUCCCGAUCACCGCGCGGGAAAUUAGCAUACUCGCUGUCGCUACUACCAAGCUGCAGCAAAUGGGGCUCAAUCCAUACAAGGAUAAGUUCAUCAUCCAAGUCGUUCUGGUCUUAGAGGACCAAAACUACAAUCGCAGCACCUUCCUCAAGUCGAACCCUGGAUGGUGCCCCUGCCUCAUUCCAAAUGGGCGAUACGUGGUGUCCCAGCGCUGGACCCUUCUUGGUGGGAAGGAGAAACUGCGCCUGCAGGGCAUCGGCCCGGAGGAUGUUCUCCGGUUUGAGCUGGACACCUUGAAUGACGGCCAGCAGAGCAAGUUACGCGCGGUUCAGUUCUUGUAUCUGUGCGGCAGCAGUUUUGACUGCUGUGGCAUGCUGGAAGCCUACUGUCUGAUCAUCCUGACGCAUGCGAAAGCAAUCGCAUCGGGAGUCUCCAGCCGGGCGGUGUGCAACACUUUGGAGGAUGUUUGCCCUUUGAUGCGGGCUGCGGCGGAUUGCGUGUGGCCCCCGCAGCCAGGCUCGACCUUUGACACGUCGAUUCUCAGCUGGAGCUUCCAGAACCAGAGCUUUUGGAGGGGCAACCAUGGAGAAACCAUCUCCCUGCGGCUCCCGGCAAGCGGCGAAGUGGAUGCCACCUGCGAUGAGGACAACAUCGCGCUGGGCCAGUCUGUGAAGUUUGAUGCGGCUCUUGAGGCCUACAACUCUCACCCAGAAGUGCGAGCCCACUCGGACAAGUCUGUCGAUGGAGGUGCUGGGGCAAUCUCCUUGGACAACCGGAGGAAGGCUGCGGUGAAGAACUGGCUUGCCGCUGUUUCCGGCUACGCGGACAAGUAUCUCAGAGUGGCCUACGUUCCCCAGCCAGAUUUGGCCACUGCAGAGAUCAGUAGCAUGUUCGAUCGGCACACGAAGUCUGCGCAGAAAUCCAACUCGCGGCGCUUCAGCACUGGUCGCAUUGUGGUUGACCAUGCCCACGCUGAUGCCAACCCCUGGCUGCUAUCAUCGGAGCUCGCUGUGGCAGGCAGGUGCGUGGCGGCAAACGAGAGCGAGCGCGGGGCUCCUACGGUGAUGCUCCCGAAAGGGCAGGAGCUACUCCUGCCGGAGGGCGCUUCGGCUGACAGCGAUCUGCGACUAUCGGAGAGGGUAAAGCCCAGCCCGGAGCAAAGUGCCGCGCAGAAAGGAGUCAUGCGGUGCGAAAAGCUUCUCACGAGCCUGUUCAGGAACGUCACACAGGUCAAGGCACGGCCGGUGAUCGUGGUCAAUUUCACUGGGUAUGUUGAGGAGUUUGGCGCAGCCGUGUUGAACCUCCGGCAGAGGGGCGUGGUGGAUGGAGCGGGCGACGCGUUCGACUUCCAUCAUCUCUACUACCUCAGCCUGCACCUCCUGGACAACAAGACCAGCGCGGACUUUGCUCAGGCCAGGGUGCUGUGCGAGUGCCUGGACUGUUGGCUGGCAAAGCGAAUGGUCUACGCGGGCAUUGCUUACAACGAUGCGGAGGCAAGUUUGUCAGAGGCGGAGAUGGCAGCCAUACCAGGGUCAGAAGUGCUGCGGUCGGUGGACACCCUGAAGCUCAAGGUGACGAUUCGCAAAGGCAGUGCCGUGGAGGUGCACCCGGAUCAGAUCAAGCAAUGGCAGGCUCAGGGAGGCCCGCUUUCAGAGGAGUUUGAGCAGCUACUACAAAGGCACAACGCCACCUACAAAGACCUACUGGCGACAUCCGGCGUCAUCAAGGACGGCGCGCUGACUAGUGAGAGCCAGGACAUCGUGCCAGUGGAUGACGAGGCCAAGACUGACCCAGAACCUUCUGAAGCCGUGGUGACGUUUGAGUCCUUGGCAGAGCUCGAGGCCAAGGACCCCAUCAAACAUCGCUCUCAGUCUGAAGUUGGAGACGUGGAGCUGCUACGCGGAAACUCAGGGCAAACUUACUUGCUCGCCAAGAAAAACAAAACCCUGCCCCGCCACACCGUCAUUGCUGGGUUCGGGACCGGAAAGUUCAUCCCUGCAGCUGUUGAAGAGGAGGGAGUGGCCUUUGACUACCCCAAGGGUGACAAGACUCUAAUCCAGGUUGAUCACUCUUCCAUCUCGCCGGAAAACACGAACACCGAGGUGAUGAGUGUUUACCGGUACUUGGUCCUUCUCGAAAGGUCCAAAAAGGUCACAAAGUAUGUGAUGAGCUAUUCGGAUAUUAGCCGCCAGUCAGAGAACCAGACUGACGGCUUCAGUGUGAAGGUUGCCGCAGGCCACAAGUACAAGUGCUUGGUGGACAACAAGCCCCGCACGUGCAAAACAUGGUUCGGGGAUUCCGUUCAACAGGUGGCAAAGUCCAAGAUCUUGACCAGUGUCUUCAGGUUUCGCUUCGAGCGAGUUAGUGCAGUCAGCAAGAUUCAAAAACCUUACGUGAUGUUGACGCAGAGUUUACCUUUGGAGGCUGGAAAGCCAAUUCAGGCCUGGGUGUCUUGA